AUGUCGGCAAUCUACAACUUCGUUCGCCGAAAGCACUACCAAUUCGAGGUCACGUUUACCUCUUACAUGCUUACUUCCACCGAGAAGAUCGUAUUCAAUACUUUCAUCUUCCUCUUCCUCAGCUUCUUGACGGCAGCGAUCACCCUUUAUCUACCACAACAUGUACAAACGAUUACCAGGAGGGCAUACUUUUACAUCGUGGGAGAUGAGAGCGUGAUUCGGCAGGAAGAUGUACUGGAUUAUUCGACAUGA